AUGGCAGAAAAGACAGCGACAGAGGCAUCCAAUGAUUUCUGGCUAGAGUUCAAAGCAGAGAAGCAAGCCAUCGAAGAUGAAUUAGUUAAUCUGAAAAUAUUGCCGAAAACAGAGCUCUCAAACCAAUUUAACAACAUUCUGCAAGAGAUCAACAAUCUCGAGAAGAGGCUGACAAAAGCUACAGCAUUUAUACCCUCUUAUGAUGAGCGUCAAUUCUCACUUCAACUGAAAGAGCUUAGCGAGACGUUGGAGCGUAAUAAAGCAGAAUUAACACCCAAAGCCAAGUUUUCAUUUAAAUCGCGUAAGAAGAAGCCUUCAACACCAGACACUAGCAAUACUACCACUGCUUCUCAGGCACCUUCAGAUAGCACAGAUGGAGAUAUUUUAUCAGAAGCAACUGUUCUUUUCAAGGAUAAGCAAGAUGCAGUAUUAACAUUGAAAGAUGCAAACAAUAUUUCUGCAAAUAAUAGAAGCAUUGAUAUCUUGAUCUCGAACAUCAAAAACUGUGUAGUGAUUUUACAUGGAGAUGGAAUCCAGAUUUCUGCUGUGCACAUUAAAAACAUAGAGAAUAGUGUUGUAUAUUGUGGAAAAAUUGAAGGAUCCGUCUUAAUGUAUGGGCUAACAAACUCAGUGCUGUUUGCUGGAUGUCAUCAGUUCCGUAUGCAUGAAGCACACAACGUGGAUAUGAUGUUGCAUGUAGCUAGUCGUCCAAUUAUAGAAAACUCUCAUAAUAUCCAAGUCUGUGAAUGGAGCAGUACCAAUACGUCUACCAAUUAUUUUGAUCAAAUUGAAGACUUCAAUUGGCUAAAAAAGCAAGCUUCGCCCAACUGGAAAGUCAUGGAUCAGGACAAGAAACAGAUGCUUGAUGAACAUAUAAAGACAUUUCAACAAAAUAUCGAUAGAGAUACUGCAUUAUCCGUAGGCUUAACGUUGCUGCCUACUCCAUGCGGGAAAUCAGAAUAA